AUGGUGAACAUGACUGAAAGUGAACACCGCCAGCCAACUACGACACUUUAUUGCUCCAAUGUACAUGGGACGUACAAUGUUGUAUUUCUCGUAGCAUUCAACAUCAUUCUGUCCGUCGUUGCAUCACUGGGAAACUUCGUUAUCCUCGUUGCCCUCCACAAAAAUUCUUCCCUUCAUCCGCCAUCAAAACUGUUGUAUCGUUGCCUUGCCAUCACUGAUCUCAUUGUUGGCUUCGUUUCUCAGCCUCUGUUUGCCACCCAGUUGCUUUUGGAUAUAAACGAACGGCCACAUCUGUGCACCCUCCUUGGCAAGUGGGUGGAUGAGAUAAGUUUGGUUUUUAGCUUAGUUUCUGGCGUGAUAGUAACCGCCAUAAGUGUGGACAGACUUCUCGCUCUGUUGCUGGGCCUGCGGUACAGACAUGUUGUAACACUGAUGCGAGUUGGUGUAGCUGUAAGCUUUAUUUGGCUAUUAGGUGUAAUUUGUGCAUUUAUUGAUGCCUUCUGGCCUAUUUUGGGUUUCAUAAUUACUGGAUAUGUCAUUACUAUGGUCACUCUGACUUGCUUGAUAAUUUCAGCUUAUUGUUACACGAGGAUCUUACUUCGUCUCCGCCAUAAUCAAGCUCAAAUACAAGGCCACGUAGAGCAGCCAGCUGGACCCGGAAUUCCACUGAAUGUAGCCAGAUAUCGUAGGACUGUUUCUGCAGGGGCCUGGGUCCAGAUAACGUUAGUCGCUUGUUAUCUUCCCCGAUCAUUAGUGGGUCUUUUUGGGGCUCUUUUCUCUCUCAGUGCAGUGUCUAUAACACUUGGUAUAAGAUGUACGACAUCUCUUGUGUUCUUAAAUUCGAGUCUGAACCCGUUCCUAUAUUGCUGGAAGAUGAACGGAAUAAGGCAAGCAGUGAAGGAUUUAAUGAAACAGUAUUGUUGUAAGUCAGAUUAAUUGGCGAAGCCACAAAGGUGAAGUUACAGUUUGCUGUCAUAAAUGGGAAUUCAGUUUUCAGCGUUAUAAGCCAGUCGACACUGGCUCGUUCGUCAACAGAAAAUAAUGGUACACAGUAGUCAAACAAUAGCCUUCACUUGACAGACCUUACGUCUCUUAAAUGCACCCAUCCAAUUCAGAGCAGAUACAUUGAUGAAUUUUAAAUAAAGAGCUUUGUAACAGAAAUUAAAGUUCUGAGUUAGAGCACAGAGAAAAGAAGUGGAUAGUGUGUCGACUUACAUGGUGUAUUGUUAGGUGAUGAAAAAAAAAUUAUAUCAUCAUAUAAUUCAAGCUUUACUUGAAAAGAGGAUAAGACUUAAAACUGAAUAGAGAAUAUUAAUAUUAUUUGUUUAGUUUAAACCAGUUGUAGAAUCAUAUAUGCAGGACACUAGUGAUGGAUGCAAUAGUCUGUAUUCAGUCUACAAAUUACUAAGCGAGUAGUGUGCCGGUUAGUAUUGAUUAUAAAUAAAAUAAAACGUUCCCUGAGAAUGUGAUGUACUUUUUGAGUAAUUUGUGCUACCCCAGGUCGUCACUCAGCACACUUCCUUGGUGCACCCUGUUUUGGCUGUCGCAUGAAGUUGACUCAACUACCAAUCAUAAAAAAGGUUUGCACCAUUACUAAUUAAUAAGGAAUCGAAGUAAAAAC